GGAGUGGUGUAGGUGGCUUAGGUGGGAAUGCAUCGGAUGCAAAAUUGCAUUCAAUUGCAACAAACUGUGGCAUCUGGGUAUAAAACAUGAAAUUACUAAUUGCAUCGUAUCAGUGUUCUUCAGUACUCAUUGUGUUUCACAUCAACUCCUAAAGUUGGCUCAGGGAGUUAGCUUUCGAAAAAAAAGACAUAGAUUAGCCAAAUCUUUUCAAUUACAGUGCAAUAUUUGGAAGAAGUCGUUUAGUUUCAUUUUAGAUUUUAAUAUUUAUUCUUAAAUUUCAAUUUGUUUUAAAACAAAUUUUUAAAAAAAAUUCCACAAUGUUCAGCAAGUGUCUAUUGGUUCUGUGCUCAGUCACAUUGGUGUUGGCCAGGAGUGCACCAACAUCAAAGAAUUCAGUGACGAUGGAGGAUAAAGCACGAUCACUGGUCGGCUCGUCGGUCUUCAAUGACCUACGAUACAUCUACAAAACAUACCAAGAGUGUUCUACCACGGACUUGACUGUGUGUCUCAAGAUCAAGUUGCUCACGUCACUGGAUCGCGCCAGUAGGUCUGUUGGAAAUGUGUCUAUUGGCGAUGAUAUCAAGCUGGUGAGACAGGAUAGUGUCCCAGUUGACGAGAGUUCCAUCAAGUCCACUGAGGAAAUUGAAGAGUCCUUGCCACGAUCGCUAGGUGACAAGCAAACUGCCCUCAACAAACUCAUCUUCUCCAAAAUCUUGGAUUUCUUCAACACUCACACACUUCAAGUGAAGUUCCCAGAAAGUGAAGACGUUGAGCGAUCAUUCGAAGGACGUGCUAAGCAGAAGAAGAACAGCUGGGUGAUGAUCCCCGUUAUCCUUGCUGGAAGUAUGGUACCCCUGGCCUAUGGUGCUCUUGCCCUCCUUGCUGGAAAAGCCCUCAUUGUCUCAAAACUCGCCCUGGUUCUCGCCUCCAUCAUUGGCAUCAAGAAACUCGUAUCCAGCAGUGCCGGCCAUCAUGAAGGAUCCCACGAAGUUGUUGUAUCCGGUGGACAUGGUUCCGGAUGGGGACGUACUUUUGAGUCACAUGACCAAGCGUACCAUGCUCAAAAGCCCAACCAGUAAGCCCUUAAUUUCCUUUCCCUCCCAUACCUCCAUAAAAGGUUCAUUGAGACCAUAAUGUUCAUUAAGUCCUUUUUUUCUGGAAAAACCAACGAGGCAUAAUCAACCAAAAAAAAACAUGAAAAAAACUUUAACUUUAAGAGGAAAUUAUACCAAAAUUUUAUAAAUUAGUUUACAGAGUAAAGAGAAAAAAAAAUAAGUAAAAAAAAGAAAACAUGUGAAUACCUUAAAAAACGAGAGUGAUUUUUGUAUAAGAAAAUUAUUUAUUUUGUAUUAUUUUUUGUAAUAUCGCAAAAAUGUGAAAAUUAACUUAUUUUUUUGUAUUGAAAGAAAUGAAAUUGCUGUAAUUAUUCUUCAUAAACCAAAUACAAGAGUAAUUGAAUUUAA